CCGAGAGUCGUGUUGAGUGUGAGGGGUCUGUCCGCAUUGGAGUGACAGGCGGUUCGCGCGCGCCGUCAGACUCGUGCCCCCUCUGCCCCAGCCUCUGCCCUCUGCUGGCCAGUCUGCUGGCUGUCUGCUGGCCCCUCUGUCGAUCCGGCCAGACUCCCUUGUUCUCACGGCCAACAUGGACUUGAUGACCAGCGUCGCAGCAACAAUACAGUAGUCUCCUCGUAAGAUAUUAUAUAUUAGGCCGGCCGGCCCCCCAUACGCCCUCACCCUUCGCACCUCUCGACAAAACCCAGCAAUGGACCUCAUGGCAAAAGUGAAGGCCCGGCUGGACAAGCUGGCCAUUGCCCCUAACCGGUCUUCUGGAGCCGUCGCCUCGAACCUAAUGACUAAGUUCCAAACGUGCUGGGAUAGGAUACAAAUGGAGCUAACGUUUGAGAGUCCCGUGACGAGGACUGUGGAGGACACUCAUAUACCCAAUGCACUGCAACAAAUGUUGGAUAUCUUACUAAAGGAGCAGCGUUUGGUGGAGAAGGGAUUGAUCUCAUCAAACUCCUGCGCCGAAUUGUUCCUGAACACAAACGUCCUUGGCCAGCUCGUCGACAUGUCGGCAGCAGACUCGCCGAUAGGGUUUCGCAAGCAUGUGAUUCAAACCAUCUCUUCUCUCAUAGGCUUACUCGAGGGACAGAGCCUGUACCACAAAUCUGUUAAUGGAGCCAUCACGGUGUUGAUCAACGAGUCUUUGGGGCAGAGAAAUCCGAAAUAUGAGGGAGAAAUGCUGGAGCUCGAAUCUAACAUCGCGAUCAAGGUGCAGGAGCUCCCUGCCCUACUCAACCUGUUCCUAAAUCAGCACCGGCCUGCCACAAAAAACCUUGCCGCAGACAGCGAGCCACGGGCAACUAUUGGCGGCAUGGUUGGGGUGCUCAAUAAUGACCAGAAGAAUUUCGACUUCCCUCUCUUUGAUCACCUGAUGCGAUACGUGAACAGCGAGGGCAGGCACGGAGACGUAGCUCGCACGUCUUGCUCUCUGCUUUUGAAAGCCGGUGCGGAGAACCCGGAUCUGGAGGGAUAUGUCCGUCAAACGGACUUUGUGAUCAUACUCGUCGCGGGACUCGGCGGUCUCUUCUCGCAACUGCCUCCGCAACUGCCUUUUUCUGCACAUACCACGAGCCAUAGUGGUCGGCAAGGCUAUGCCUCAAUCACCUUCUCACGGGACGUCGAAUCGUUCUUGAACUUGAUGCGUUUUACACAGUCCGUGGUGCUGCUGUGGGGACUCGAAUCGGAGAUCACUCAGUCCAUAUUGCGUGGGUUCGCAGACACGUUCUUAGGCCAAGCCGUGGGACCGCAGUUCAUGACCGCUUCGGAUUUUGAUGGCACUGCGGAAGCCGUGCUUUACUAUGUACGGCGGAUGCUCAGCGCACUUGAACCCACCGAGCCAAUCGCGGAGGUGUUGGUGGAUUUCUUGUUGAACGACGACGACGACGCCCAAACCUCAAGAACGGAUUCCCGCGAUGCAGACGCUGAUCAGAGUAGUCGAAAUGACGUCAAGCUGCACGUUCGAGACGUUCUUCUUUCCAAGCUGAACUCCCUCUCCGAAAGCGUCGUGACAGAAUCCCUGCGCCUGGUGGCUCUGCUCGUCUCUGCAUACCCCGAGAAAGCCACACCGUUACUCAUCGACGGACUUCGUCCUUCCAACAUGCCCGCGGACGCACAACGCGCGCUUACACCCGAGCAACUAUUUGAGGUCGUGAGACAGUGGAUGGCGCUCUUAGGUGUGGGUGAAGGGUUCCAGGAGGAGAAUUCUCUGGAUGCGUAUAUGGAGGAUGCCCAAGCUGCGGUCGCCGCUGCUACCGCCACGGCAUCGAAACCAUCAAGCGGGGCGUCUUCACCUUCUUCACACGACUCACCACCAUCCAAAUCUCACGUCACCACCCCCCCGCAAAACCCAUCCAAAUCCAAACGACACACCCACCACACCCCUCAACGCUACCCCUCCCCCACAACCCUCGACAGGGACGCAACCCUCCAAAAACUCCUCACGAAACUGUCCACCUUCUUCUCCCAAUCUACACCCACCAACCUCGCCUUAACCGAGAUUCUCUCCCGCCUCGCGGUCCGGGGGGAUCUAGCGCCCUACCUGUUCGCCGCUGACCAGAUCGCACAUACUCCCCCCAGUGCCGUCACCGAUGAAAGCCAACCCCCACUGUCAGCAUCAACAACAACAUCCUCCGCGGCGCCCCACCUCCGCCUCUCCCUCCAAACUAUCCUCCGUCGCCUGCAUAAAGAAGUUGCCAUCGCUAAAACCGCCAUGGGCCCACACCAAUUCGAAACCAAACUCUCCGAAGCGCGCGAAAACCCUUCACCCUUACACCACCUCCCGCCCCUCGACCACCACCACCGGCGCCGACGGCAGCGGACGGAGUCGAGGGAGGGCGUGGUGUGGGUUAAUGGGGACAUGGGGGGUGAUGACACUGAGAAGGCAUUUUGGGACGAUGUGUUUGUGAGGAAUGUGGUUGUUUUGGAGGAGUUUGUGAAGGAGCUUGUGGCGGUUUUGCUUGUGAGUGGCGGGUUGGGGGGUACUGAGGUGGAUUUUGUGGCGUAGUAUUUUGUUUUGGGAUUUUUUGUGAGGUUUUGAGGACGGUGUACUGUUGACGGUCUUAUUCUUGACUAGCCCGUAUACUUUUGCCUCUUUCUUGUAAUUUCUUUUUUUGACGUUUGCCUCUGAGCAUGUAGAUUUAUUCU